AUGAUAGUGUCGGGUGACUACAGUGACUUUACGCAUCUAUUCGUAUUUAUCUACCUACUACAGUCUAUUCCUAUCUAUCUAUCUAUCUAUCUAUCUAUCUAUACAGUCUGUUCAUAUUUAAAAUCCGAUAUCUCAACAUUAAUCUAUCUAUCUAUCUAUCUAUCUAUCUAUCUAUCUAUCUAUCUAUCUAUCUCACUUAGUCUGUUUAUAUCUAUCUAUCUAUCUAUCUAUCUAUCUAUCUAUCUAUCUAUCUUAUCUAUUUAUAUCUAUCUAUCUUAUCUGUUUGUAUCUAUCUAUCUAUCUAUCUAUCUUAGUCUGUUUAUAUCUAUCUAUCUAUCUAUCUAUCUAUCUAUCUAUCUAUCUAUAUAUGUGCCACGAGAUGGACGAAUGUUUUACAGAUCUAAAAUUCAACAAGCUCGCCUCACAUACCGUUACAGCUAUCUCUUCAUCUGGUGA